AUAACUCGAGCGGAAGGGCGCAGGCAAGAGAGGCAACCACCGCUUCAGCAGCAAACCCUUCCCGAUUGUUGGAGAGCACGCCGAGAUCUGCCCCCCAUGGCUUCCGCGCCGACGCAGCCGCCCCUCCUCCCGGUCACCAACCCCACGGCCGCGGGCUCGGCGCCCGCCUCCGGCGGCGGUGGCGGCCUGGACGCGCCGACCGCCACGCCGGCGUUCCGGCUCUUCAUGAGCCGGAUCUCCGAGUCGGCGCGGCGCUCGCUGUCCGACCGGCGCCCGUGGGCCGAGAUGGUCGACCGCUCGGCCUUCUCGCGGCCGGACUCCCUCUCCGACGCCACCUCGCGCCUGCGCCGCAACCUCACCUACUUCCGCGUCAACUACACCGCCGUCGUCGCCUUCGCGCUGGCCGCCUCGCUCCUGGCCCACCCCUUCUCGCUCCUCAUCCUCCUGGGGGUCCUCGCCGCCUGGUGCUUCCUCUACAUCUUCCGCGCCUCCGACCAGCCCGUCGCGCUCUUCGGCCGCACCUUCUCCGACCGCGAGACGCUGCUGGGGCUCGUCGUCGCCUCCAUCGUGGCCUUCUUCUUCACCCCCGUCGCGUCGCUCAUCAUCUCCGGGAUGCUCGUCGGCGGCGCCAUCGUCGCCGCCCACGGCGCCUUCCGCAUGCCAGAGGACCUCUUCCUGGACGACGCCGACGCGGCCAGCGGCAACAGCGCGGCCCAGGGGCUGCUGUCCUUCCUCGGGGCACCCGGAUCUAGGGUUUGAGGCGGCGGGCGACGAGAUCUGGUAGGCUUCCUGGGCGCGACAAGUUCGUCUUAAACUGGAGUUACCCUGGAUCUGAUAUUGCUUUAACUGUGCCCUGUAUCUUCUCCAGUUCAUCGUUCUGUAGUUACAGAUCUAUUGGUUUAUUGUUGAUCCUGAUCGAUGCGCCGACUUUUGCCUAUAUGCACCAUUUUCUCUCGUGAGUUCCACGUUGCGAUGGAAGUUUAGUGUUCAAGACUUGAGUACUUUUAUAUAAAUGUAUGAUGUUUAACUAUAUCAGUGAUGUAGAUGGUAUGUUCUCAGGGUAAUGAAAGCAUAGUACUAGUACA